UUCCUUCGAUAACCACUUGAAGGUUUCAACCGUGCUUGGUCUUCGUUGUUUACAUACGUUUUCUUCAUCAGAGAAUAACACGCAACCAAAGAAAAUGGAAAAACCUCAGAAAAUGCCCAAAGUGGCUAAGGUCAAGAAUAAAGCACCUGCAGAAAUUCAGAUUACUGCUGAGCAGCUGCUGAGGGAGGCGAAAGAGAGGGAUUUGGAAAUCGUUCCACCUCCACCCAAGCAGAAAAUCUCCGACCCAGAGGAACUUGCUGAUUACCAGCACAGGAAGCGCAAGGCUUUCGAGGACAAUAUAAGAAAAAACAGAAUGGUAAUAAGCAACUGGAUAAAGUAUGCACAAUGGGAAGAGAGCCAAAAACAGGUCGACAGGGCGAGGUCGAUAUACGAAAGAGCGCUUGAUGUCGACCACAGGAAUAUCACCCUCUGGUUGAAAUACACCGAGCUUGAAAUGCGUAACCGUCAAGUAAACCAUGCCAGGAAUCUGUGGGAUAGAGCAGUCACGAUUCUGCCGAGGGCAAACCAAUUUUGGUACAAGUAUACCUACAUGGAAGAAAUGCUUGGCAACAUUGCAGGUGCUCGUCAGGUUUUUGACAGGUGGAUGGAAUGGGAGCCGGAAGAGCAGGCCUGGUUGACAUACAUUAAAUUUGAACUGCGCUAUAAAGAAAUUGAACGGGCAAGGGCCAUAUACAAUAGAUUUGUCAUGGUUCAUCCUGAUGUUCCAAAUUGGAUUCGUUUUGCCAAAUUUGAAGAACGACAGGGCUUUAUAUCAGGUUCAAGAAAAGUUUAUGAACGUGCCGUUGAGUUCUUUGGUGAAGAUAUAAUUGAUGAAAGGCUCUACAUCGCAUUUGCUAAGUUUGAAGAGGCCCAACGUGAACAUGACAGAGCGAGAGUUAUUUAUAAGUAUGCACUUGACAAUUUGCCGAAAGACAAAACCGCUGACAUAUACAAGGCAUACACAAUUCACGAAAAGAAAUACGGCGAUAGGACUGGAAUUGAAGAUGUUAUUGUUAGCAAAAGGAAAUUCCAGUACGAGGAAGAGGUCAAGGCCAAUCCGAACAAUUACGACUCGUGGUUCGACCUCCUGCGUCUUGUCGAGGAAGAAGGCGAGACAGACGUCAUCCGGGAGACAUACGAAAGGGCCAUUUCAAACGUUCCCCCCUCAAAGGAAAAGGACAUGUGGAGGCGUUAUAUAUAUUUGUGGAUCAACUACGCCCUUUAUGAAGAAUUGGAAGCUCAGGAUGAAAACCGCACACGUCAAAUUUACCGCAUGUGCUUGGAGCUCAUUCCUCACAAGAUCUUCACCUUUAGCAAAAUUUGGCUCCUGUACGCCCACUUUGAAAUCAGACAUAAAAACCUUCCGGCCGCCAGAAAAAGCCUGGGCAUGGGUUUGGGCAUGUGUCCUAGAGACAAAUUAUACAGGGGGUACAUCGAUUUAGAAAUUCAAUUAAGAGAGUUUGACAGAUGUAGAAUUUUGUAUGAGAAAUUUUUAGAACAUGGUUCUGAAAAUUGCAUCACUUGGAUGAGAUUUGCAGAAUUAGAAACAUUGCUUGGUGAUUUAGACAGAGCAAGAGCAAUUUACGAGCUAGCUGUCAACCAGGCAAGGCUUGACAUGCCUGAGAUUUUAUGGAAGGCAUACAUUGACUUUGAAAUCAGCAUAGGAGAGCCGCAAAACGCCAGAUUGCUUUAUGAGAGGCUUUUGGAAAGAACACACCACAUCAAGGUCUGGAUGAGCUACGUCCAAUUUGAGAUGACGCACAGUCAAGACGAGGGGCUCGACCCAGUAUCACUCGCAAGGAAGAUUUAUGAAAGGGGCAACACUGCCCUGAGAGAAUCGGGCGAAAAGGAAGAAAGGGUCCUUCUGCUCGAAGCGUGGAGGGAUAUGGAAAAGAACCACGGCGAUGAUAUCAGUCUUGCCAAAGUCGAAGCUAAGCUCCCGAGGAGAGUCAGGAAAAGGCAGAAAGUCAUCAGUCCCGACGGAGUUGAAAGUGGUUGGGAGGAGGUGUUUGAUUAUUUAUUCCCUGAAGAUGAGGCGAUCAAGCCUAACUUAAAACUUCUAGAAAAAGCCAAGCUUUGGAAGAAAAAACAAGAAGAAAUCACUCCUACAGAAGAAAUCAAAGAGUGAUUGAAAGAUUAAUUUAAGGCUUAUAAAAAAAGUUUAUAUAUAUUUUUUUAAAUUGCAAAACAAUUAUCGGUGAUAAAAAAAAGUACACAGACAAAACAUACGUUAUAUUAUAUAAAAAAGUUAAUGUUAACGGUUGUUUUUAAAAGUAGGUGGCCCUUCAAAUGUAUUUUAUCAAGAACACAAUUUCUUUUUUGGAAAUCUAGUUGAGAAGUGAUAAAUAGUUUUAACCGGAGUAAAAAAUAAGCUCAAUCGACAUCCUCCGCUUUGACUGGCUGUAAACAAAAAUUUAUUGAUGUUGAUUUGUUUUCCAGUUUUUAUUACAGUAAGUGUCUUCACCUGUAAUAUUCCAUUACUGUCCUAUAGACAGGGUAGCCAAAUUUUUUGUACAUGGCUAUUGCAUUUUUAUUACUGACCCUAACAAAGAGGUCGACAAAAUAACAGUUUUUUCUGUAUGAUUGUAAAAAUAAACACUGUAAAUAUUGUAGAAAAUUAUAUGUUUUUUUUU